AUGAGCUGUUCCGAGUGCCAGAAAAGAAUGCACUUGAACCCAGAUGGAACCGAUCACAAAGAUAAUGGCAAACCUCCUACAUUGGUGACCAGCAUGAUUGACUACAACAUGCCAAUCACGAUGGCAUACAUGAAGCAUAUGAAAUUGCAGCUGCUAAACUCACAGCAAGAUGAGGAUGAAAGUUCAAUAGAGAGUGAUGAAUUUGAUAUGAGUGAUUCAACACGCAUGUCAGCCGUGAACUCUGACCUCAGCUCAAAUCUGGAAGAGAGAAUGCAAAGUCCCCAGACUCUCCAUGGCCAGCCAGAUGAUGACUCUGCUGCAGAGAGCUUUAAUGGCAAUGAGACUCUGGGGCACAGCUCAGUUGCUUCAGGAGGAGCUCAUGGCAGGGAGACAGGGGCCUCCAGCAGUGAUGGCAAAACUGGGCUGGAGCAAGAACAGCCACUGAACCUGAGCGACAGCCCCCUCUCUGGGCAGCUGGCUUCAGAAUACAGGAUAGAUGACCAAGGCAGUAAUGGGAAAAGCAAGUAUAAGAACCUUCUAAUCUCUGACCUCAAGAUGGAAAGAGAAGCAAGAGAAAAUGGAAGCAAG